CCGAAGUGCAACAUAAACAAAUUCGCUCCCUUCUCUCCUUCCACCAUCAUCUUCUCCCACCGCAAGGCCUGAGUCCGACGCGUACGGCGCGAAGCGUACAAGCACCUCGGCACUCUCACCCUCUUUCAACUGCAGAAUGAGGCUCCCGGUCCUCAUCUUCAUCAUACACCGCGCUCUCGCGUCGCCUUUCUACGCGCAGGUGGUCCCCGCGGGCGAGGAGGAAGCACCGAAAGGCUCCCCCGAGUUCUGGUGGAAGCUCGCGAUCAGCGCGGUGCUCGUUCUUGCGGGAGGAGUGUUCGCGGGUCUUACCCUUGGUCUCAUGGGUCUGGACGAGCUGCACUUGCGUGUCCUCUCCGCGUCGUCUGAUGACAUCAAGGAGAAGCGCAAUGCGCAGAAGGUCCUCCGCCUCAUGAGGAAGGGUAGACACUGGGUCCUCGUCGUCUUACUUCUCGGCAACGUCAUCAUCAAUGAAAGCUUGCCCAUCUUCCUCGACAGCGCUAUCGGUGGCGGACUAGCUGCAGUCGCGAUUUCCACUGUAGCCAUCGUGAUUUUCGGAGAAGUGAUCCCCCAAGCGCUUAGCGUUCGCUACGGUCUCGCCAUCGGUGCCGCCUGCGCGCCCUUCGUGCUCUGCCUCAUGUACAUCUUCUCGCCCAUCGCCUGGCCGACCGCCAAGCUCCUCGACUGGGUCCUCGGCAAGGACGAGGCGCACACGUACAAGAAGGCCGAGCUCAAGUCCUUCCUCCAGUUCCACCGCACAGGCGAGGAGCCCCUGCGGGACGACGAGAUCAACAUCCUGAACGGCGUGCUCGAGCUGAACAACAAGAAGGUGGAGACGAUCAUGACGCCGAUGCCGGAUGUGGUCACACUGGGGGCGGAUACGGUGCUGGACCACGAUAUGAUUGAGAAGAUUGUGCUGAGCGGCUACUCGCGCUUCCCGGUUCAUGAGCCUGGCAAGCCAGACUCGUUCAUCGGUCUGCUGCUCAUCAAGAAGCUCUUGCAGUACGAUCCUGCGCAAGGACUUCCUGUCUCCUCGUUCCCGCUGUCGAUCUUGCCGGAGGCGCAUCCGUCUAUCAAUUGCUUCCAGGCCCUCGACUACUUCCAAACCGGCCGCGCCCACCUCCUACUGAUCAGCAACACCCCCGGCAAGGCCGGCGGCGCGCUCGGCGUCGUCACCCUCGAGGACAUCAUCGAAGAAAUCAUCUCCGAAGAGAUCGUCGACGAGACCGACCGCUACGAGGACAACCUGCACAAGAAGCGCGCGCGCAGGCAGGGCACGGCCGCGAUCAUGCGCGGCAUCGUCGAGCGCCACAUGUUGCGGAAGACGUCGCUCGCGAGGAUCUCGGAGGGCUCGCCGUUGUUGGGCGCGUCGUCGGUGGGCGGGACGCCGCCGGAGGGGUCGCCGUUGUUGAAGAAUGACCCGUCGCUGCAUGGGGCGUCGAGCUUGCGCCAGGCGACGGCGCGGCAGUCGUUGUUGCGCCAGGACUCGUCGGUGAGCAGUAGUAGCGGGACGGCGACGCCUGGAAAUGGGGAAGCGAACGCGCGGUACAUGUACGGCGCGGUGAGCGAGUCGCCGAGGGAGCAAUAACGGGGUGUGGUGUGGGUGGACGGCCGUGGAGAAGGCAGGCAAAGAGGGAGGAAGGGCAAGAUACCAAGGAGGACGUUUCUUGAAGUUUUUUGUUAAAUUAUUGUCUACCUUGUCGCAUCGUAUCUAAUGCAUGUCCAUCGUUGUUUUGGAAAGGA